ACUGUAAUAAAAUAUUUGCUUUGUCUUAUAGUCCGGAGUCCACACAAGGAGGAUAAAUAAAAUUUUAUUUACAUUUCAUCUUUUCUCUAACAUUUUUCAGUGCCUACGUAAUAGCGUCGGUACUACUUCAUUCUAUUUUUAUCUAGUUGCGACUUUUGUUUAGUCUUAAUAUAAUUAUAAAUAUUUUUUUACCGAAUACACUUCAUUUGUAUUUAGUUAUAUAAUUCAUUAUAAAUAUAUAAUUCGAUUCGAAAAAUGAUUAAAACUGGAAGAAUGCUUACUAAAAUUAAAAGAAUCCAGUCAGUGGAUACCCUUAAGGGCGGUUUUCUUAUUGUAUCUGCACACUCAUCAUCAAAGCCCACAUCUUCCGAAGUGUUAUCCGCUUAUUUAAUGCAAUGCAACGAACCACCUUGGACUUCAUAUUUUGUUAAGUACAGAAGUGUAAGAGAUGAUCAAUUUGGUAUGUCUAACUUUAAUUGGAAAGUUGGGAGUUCAAAUUACCAAAUACUAAGAACUGGUUGUUUCCCAUAUAUGAAGUAUCAUUGUUCAAAGAGAAAAUAUGAAGAUUUGGAAACAUCAGACAAGUUCAUGAGAGUCAUUAAAAUUGUUAAUUUAGGUAUACCAUGUUUACUCUAUGGUCUUGCAGCAACCCAACUAAUCAAACACAAGGAAAUAGUACACACAAACAAAGGUCCUGUUACAAUAUAUUUUUUAUUACCAGAGCAUAAAGGUUCCCAAUACUAAAUAAAACAAAACAAUAGUUUUAUUAGUGUUAUCAGUGUUCAUACUUAAUUACUAAAUUAAUAAUUUAAAAUUAUGCAAUAUACAUAUAUUAUAUUUAAUAAAUUAUAAAAU